AUGACUACCAUAUUUGGUGGCCAUCGGCCGCGGCAAACUGUAUACAAGGUGAGAAAGAAGAAGACGAUUGAGUAUUACGCAAUUAAGAGCGUUGAUAAAUCUCACAGGAGCAAGGUUCUUCAUGAAGUUAAAAUUCUUCACGCCCUGGAUAACUCUAACGUGCUAAAGUUCUACACAUGGUACGAAACAUCAACUCAUUUUUGCUUAAUUUUGGAGUACUGUGACGGAGGAGAUCUAAUGACUGUAUUACAAGAGGAUGGUAAGCUUCAGGAAGAUUCUGUACAUGAUCUGGCUCAUGACCUUGUUAAAGCUCUUCAUUACCACAAGCAAAACAUGGAACUCCCUGUUACAUGGCUCCAGAAUUGUUCCAAGAUGGAUGAAUUCAUUCGUAUGCGUCUGAUCCUGGGCUCUCGGUUGUGUUCUGAAUUCACUCAUUUGGCAAAAUUAAUUCUCUCAGGCGCGACUCCUGCUCUACCUGGAACUCCAACUCCUCCAUUUGUAAAUCUUGUAAAUUCUCUCUUGGUAAAAGACCCAUCUGAAAGAAUACAGUGGCCUGAACUUUGCAAUCAUGCUUUCUGGAAAACCAAAAUUGUGCCGUUGACAUUACCUCCUCAGCCUGCUUUCACUAACACGAUUGAGAUGCUUUCUGAACCACAUCUUACUGAGACACCUAUACAUGAUGAUUCAAAACCACAUGAACAAUCAGUCACUCCUCCUAGUGCUUGUCCACAAUUGAAGACUCCAAGGUACAAAGAAGUUUCUAGGCGAGCCCUCGACUUUGAUGCAACAAAAUCAUCUUCAGAUCUCUCAGAUGUGCUAUGGCAUCCAUCUGAUCUCUCGGUUAGGCCAAUAAUGCCGAGCAGAAAAUUUGAGAAAGGAUCAGACGCAGUUCCUUCCCUCCCAUUCCACACCUUUCCCCAACUUGAUUUUGCAAAAUUGCCCAAGGAUAGAUUGGAUGCUAUAUACAAUAGAAUUGUGAGUAUCAUGAACGGGAACAUUAAUGGCGACAACCAGAAUGUGAUUAGGUACCUUGAGAUGUUAAGAACUAAUGCUGAUGCUGCCAAUAUUUUGACCAAUUGGCCAAUAAUGCUACUUCUCGUCAAAAUGCUGAGGCAGUAUAAGGCUUUGGCUCUGCGUGUGCAGCUAUCUUCACUUAUAGGACUGUUAAUUCGCCAUUCAACUUUCAUCGGUGAUAAUUUGGCAAAUUCUGAUAUUUUAGGUGCUCUAACUGAUGGCCUCAAGAGACAGACAGGAAAAAGUAAGAAGGAGUCUCCAUCUAAAGACAGCCGACCCUCUUCCAGCUGGCAGCUUUAUGCUUUAAGAACAAUAGAGAACGUAUCUAGUCAUGGAGGAUAUUUGGCCACCCGUUUUACAAGCCAAGGCGUAAUUAGCAACCUCUGUUACAUAUUCAGGGCUACAGGAAAACAAGAGUCCAUACGACUUACUGCUGGGUCAUGCUUGGUUCGUUAUCAAGAAACUUCUGCUCAAGAAAAUUGCCUCAUGUCUUUUUACGGGAAACCAACAAGAGCAGUAAAUCUGCUUGAACCUUUAAUUGAAGAUAAUAAUCUUGUUUCGAGUCUACUGUCUCUUAUCGAGCAGGGUAGUGAGGUCCUGAAGGGAAAGGCUCUCCUCUUUGUGGCCUUACUAAGUAAAAAUCUGGAAAGAUGUCCCUCUCAAUUCUUUUGCAAUAGAAAAUUCUUGUCGGCGGUGGAUAGUCUUGCAAAAGAUAAAGAUCAAUAUGUGCAGCAUUGUUUGGCUGCAUUUGUUCAUGCUGUGGUGUCAACUUCACGUCUUGUGGUUCACCUUCUUUUAGUGAACUCUUCAUUCAAGAAAUCGGUAAUGCCUCCUGAGGUUCUACAGCUGGUGGCUAAUCUUCUUAAAUUGGCAGAGUUGCCUUUCCAGGGUAGUGAUGAUUUCCAGAUAGACCUUAUGCGCAUAUUGGACUCAGUCUCAACGGAAGUCGACAAUAAUCCCACCAUCUUCAUUCACCAAGUCCUGCAUAGUGUUACUGCUCUUUACAAGGGAAACAAAGAUGCAGAUGCUCGAUUUCUGUGCUUUAAAAUUUUAUUCGACAUCAUGGUUCAUUUCUUGAUUCGGUUACUGACUGAGCCCUUAGAAGAUGAGCAAAGGCUGCAAGAUUUAAAAACAGUUUCAAAUGUAAAUUUUCUCCCUCUCUACCCUUCUUUUAUGGAAGAUGAAGACCCAAUUCCCAUGCGGCUCAGAAACUGCUUGGAAUGCUCAUCGAGUCUGAUUACAUCAAAAUCUCAGAGGUAAAUGAUUACAUCAAAAACUACUAAUUGUAAAUGAUGGCUCUAUGGAAAUCUCUUCUGAUCUGGGCAUAAAAGAUAUCCCCGACUUUGGCGCCACUGUUGGUGUUUUUCUGGAACUCUGUAAAUCGAGCGAAGUUAAAGAAAAAGAAAAAAGACAGUUCUUUCUCCUUUUUUAUUUUUUUUUUAUUUUUUUAUU